GGUUGCCAGGCAACAGCCCAGCACGCUCGGGGCAGCCAGUUGCUGGCAGCCAGGGACUGGGCACCCAGGGAGCGGGACCUAGUGUGAAGCCCCGGCAUGGCCGACGACGACGACGAGGAGGAGAUCACCGCGGACACGCUGCGGUGCAAGCCCCGGGUGCCGCCCAUUUCGGCACAGUCUGCCUUUGGCUACAUCCCACCGCGACGCCAGGAUCCUAAGGAGCACAGCUACUACUACCGCCAGGGCAAGACAGGGAUCAUUUCCCUCUAUGACUGCGUUUUUAAGAAGGAGCUAGGAUAUAAUCAGAAACUGCACCGAGAUGACAGAGAACACGCCAGAAGCCUGGGACUUCAUGUUAACGAGGAGGAGUGGGAGAGGCCGGUCGGGGUGCUGACAUCCUCUGUCUAUGGCCGCCGCAUCCACCAGCCCGUGGAGCCCCUGAAUCGGGACCACGGCCGUGCCAACCACUUGAAGGCCGACUUCUACAGGAAGAAUGACAUCCCCAGCAUCAAGGAGCCGGGCUUUGGGCACGUUUCUCCAGCCUGACGCCCUCCCUGUGGCCGGCAGGGUGUGCUUGGCAAGGCAAGUGAAGUUCACUGAGGGCCGGCACACAGGCCGUAUUUCCCUUUCAUGGACUUUAGGAGCCGGCCUGGACAGCGGGAAGGAUGGCACAGUAGCCUCCCUCCCUCCCUCAGGUUGCCUUGGGGAAGAACCUGGCCAAACACCUGUAAUACUUAGGAGGAUCAUCUAGUGUGUGACAGUUUGCAUGUGAAAUUAUUUCAGAGGAAAGGGUGCUGGAGACUGUGAGCACCUGAAUAAAAUGAAAACUUUGUUCUCACUUGA